GUACGAAAAUAUUGGGCGGCGCAAUUCGCGUUUGAUCGGUAUGUAGGAUCGACCUCUCAGCUGUUCACAUGGAAUGACAUGAACGAACCUUCAGUGUUCAGCGGUCCGGAAGUGACUAUGGACAAAAAUUGUCUUCAUUAUGGUGGUGUUGAGCAUCGAGAGAUUCACAAUAUUUACGGUUUCUUGCAACAUAGUUCAACCUUCAAAGGACAGUUGGAUCGAACUGGGGGAAAGGAUCGCCCAUUUGUUUUGACUAGGUCUGGCUUCGUAGGUAGCCAGCGUACAACAGCAAUAUGGACUGGAGACAAUACAGCUGAGUGGUCACAUCUAGCGAAAGCAGCUCCUAUGCUUCUUUCAUUGUCUGUGUCGGGAGUACCAUUUGUAGCAGGACGUGUGAUCGAGCGGAAUGGGAUUUGCGACCUUAAAUAUCCCUAUGCCUGA